ACAUACUUUGAAUUCUAAUGGAACUGGAGAACGUCUGGGGUUGGGCACUAUAAAAGGCUGGGCUUUGAACUGCCUGUGCAAUAGUGAACACACUUUGGAACUUUUGAAACAAGAAACUAUGGAAAGAAAGCUGUCAGCAAUAGCUGGACUGCUGCUUCUCUACUGCACCCUUACUGACCAGACCCAUCAGCAUAAGGUGCAAAAACCCACAUUAACAUCUCAAGGCCAAGACUGUACAGCCAUCAAAGAUUCCAGUCCUAAUGCUCAAAGUGGAAUUUACAUUAUACAGCCGAAAGGAGUUCAUAAACCUUUCAAGAUGGAAAGAAAGCUGUCAGCAAUAGCUGGACUGCUGCUUCUCUGCUGCACCCUUACUGACCAGACCCAUCAGCAUAAGGUGCAAAAACCCACAUUAACGUCUCAAGGCCAAGACUGUACAGCCAUCAAAGAUUCCAGUCCUAAUGCUCAAAGUGGAAUUUACAUUAUACAGCCGAAAGGAGUUCAUAAACCUUUCAAGAUGGAAAGAAAGCUGUCAGCAAUAGCUGGACUGCUGCUUCUCUGCUGCACCCUUACUGACCAGACCCAUCAGCAUACGGUACAAAAACCCACAUUAACGUCUCAAGGCCAAGACUGUACAGCCAUCAAAGAUUCCAGUCCUAAUGCUCAAAGUGGAAUUUACAUUAUACAGCCGAAAGGAGUUCAUAAACCUUUCAAGAUGGAAAGAAAGCUGUCAGCAAUAGCUGGACUGCUGCUUCUCUGCUGCACCCUUACUGACCAGAUCCAUCAGCAUAAGGUGCAAAACCCCACAUUAACGUCUCAAGGCCAAGACUGUACAGCCAUCAAAGAUUCCAGUCCUAAUGCUCAAAGUGGAAUUUACAUUAUACAGCCGAAAGGAGUUCAUAAACCUUUCAAGGUGUACUGUGAGAUGCUGGCUGAUGGGGGCUGGACAGUGUUCCAGAGACGUACAGGGGGGGAAGUAUCCUUCCAAAGAAACUGGGCAGAGUACAAACAUGGCUUUGGAUACCUCAAAAAGGAUCACUGGUUGGGCCUGGCCAAAGUGUGGGCUCUUACCAGGAGCAAUGAUCAGAAGUCCAUCCUCAGAGUAGGCCUGUGGGACUUUGAGGGGGGAUCAGCUUUUGCAGAGUACAGAGAUUUCAGAAUUGGCGAUGAGCCGGCGGCCUACAAACUGAGUGUCGGAACUUAUAAAGGCACUGCAGGUGAUGCUAUACGCGGAGCAUACAGUGGUAUUGACCAGAAUGGCUUUGGAUUCAGCACAAAGGACCGAGACAAUGACGGCUGCUCCCCGUGCAUCUUUGGAGACAUCGCUGAGCGCGAAUGCAGCUCAUCAGAGGGUGGGGGCGGCUGGUGGUUCAGCCGUUGUGGCUCAGCCAACCUCCACGGAGACUGGCACCCAGCGGGGGACAACGUAGGCUGGGCGUCAGGGGUGCACUGGCGCACGUGGAAAGGCCCGGCCCCAUACUCCCUACAAGCCACUCGAAUGAUGGUGAAGUCUGUGUGAGGACACCUCAUCCAGUGUGACACUCAGAGGGUUUAAUCUGAGACACUCAGGCUUCUGGUCCAGUAAGAUUUCUGUGCUUGCUCCAGUAAUUUCAUUGAGUGAAAAUUGUGUUCUUAUUUCUCUUAGUUCUCUCACUUUAUACGGCGGCAGUCGCAUCACGCACAGCUUUGCAGUAUAUCUAGUUGAGGUGACUGAUGUGAUCAGGCUAUUGAUAUUUUAGAAGAGUGAGUAAACAUAAUCACACACACAUGUCUAUACCCUGUGGAGUGGCCCAACAUACUGUGCAUAAAAUGGGCCGCCACAGACCUGGCCGACCAUUCUGGAUCUUUUUUGUGGGAGUACUGCUCUUCUAGAUUUUGGAAUAUUCUUUGCCUUGCUUUGUGAACGUUUUGAUUAAUGAUCAGUUUCUGUUCUGUGGCUGCUGAUCGUUUUAACACUCUGGACUUCUUCCAUGUGCCUUGUGUCUACGUUCUGUGUGUAUUGGGCCUACUAACUGGGAUCUGACUAUGCUUUGAGUGCAUAUUAUGUAGGAAUAAAGUGUAUAUUAAGUAUAAAUAAAGUUUUAUUAAAUGUCAA